CCGGGUUGGCGAGUCGGAGGUGGGUUUCAGAGUUGGACUGAAUUCUGUCUCUUUUGUCUUUUGGACUGCCGUCUGCGUCUCUCUGUCUCUGCUGUCGGCCACUGGUCAUCAGUCUGCAGGCUGAUUUCCACAGUCAGAGUUCAGCAGCCAAAUCGCUGACAGACAGAACAAAACAUUUCCUGGACCACAAGAAUCCAACCUCAGGAGACCCACCGCAGAGUUCUGAGAGGGAAAAGAAAAACCAUGAAGAGGAGGAGGAGGAGGAGGGAGUGUCCCUCAGAGUCUGAAGGACAUGUAGACACCAAGAAGGUGAUGAAGGGUUGCGGUGAGGACGCAGAGGAGGGGGCUUCGAUCCAGACCAGAACUCAGAGGUCACAGCGGGGCCGAGCACGUGGACCUGAACCCAGCUACGUGUCCUUGAAGAGUGACCGUUCAAAAGGCAUUGGGGCUGAUUUUAAACGGAGCAUCCAUCAGAGUCCAGACCCGUCUGGACCUGGACCCAGCUGUGUGUCCCUGAACAGUGACUGGUCCAUGGAGAAACCUCCUCCUGAUUUUAGAGGACAGCGUCCCUCUGCUAGACAGACAGUGAAGCAGCAGAGCUCAGAGGUUCUCAGGGUUCCAUCUGCUCAGCAGCAUCAAAGACGCCUGAACCACAUGUUUACGAACAUUGAGGAGAACAUGGUGAUGUUUCUUAAAGAUGAGCUGAAGAUGAUCCUGAAGUUUCUCCUGACAAAUGAUGCAGAAUACUUGGAGAGUCAGAGUGAGGAUGAGGAUCAGAGGAACAUCCGACUGGUUUUCCUGGACCUCACACUGAUCUUCAUGAGGAGCAUGAAUUAUGAGGAGCUGGCUGACUGUCUGCAGAGUAGAACUCUUGUUGAAGUUUGUCGUCAUAAAUUCAAAUCUAAGGUGAAGAAGUUUGAGCGUGUGUUUGAGGGGAUCUCUAAAGUAGGAAAGACGACUCUUCUGAAGGAGAUCUACACAGAGCUCUACAUCACAGAGGGCGGGGCUUCAGAGGUCAACCAGGAACAUGAGGUCAGACAGAUUGAAGCAGCAUCCAGGAAAACAGACUCACCACAAAGAACCAUCGCAUGUGAAGACAUCUUUAAAGCCUCAGCUGACACUCAGCCACCAAUCAGAACAAUGCUGACAAAGGGCGUGGCCGGCAUCGGGAAAACAGUCUUAACACAGAAGUGGACUCUGGACUGGGCUGAAGGACGAACCAACCAGGACUUCCACUUCAUAUUUCCAUUCACUUUCAGAGAGCUGAAUGUGCUGAAAGAGAAGAAGUUCAGCUUGGUGGAACUUGUUCAUCACUUCUUUCCUGAAACCAAAGAAGCAGGAAUCUGGAGCUUCCAGCACUUCCAGGUUUUGAUCAUCUUGGAUGGUCUGGAUGAGUGUCGCCUCCCUCUGGACUUCCACAGCAAUGACAUCCUGACUGAUGUCACAGAGUCAAGCUCAGUGGAUGUUCUGCUGACAAACCUCAUCAGGAGGAACCUGUUUCCCUCUGCUCGCCUCUGGAUCACCACACGACCUGCAGCAGCCAAUCAGAUCCCUCCUGAGUGUGUGGACAUGGUGACAGAGGUCAGAGGCUUCACUGACCCUCAGAAGGAGGACUACUUCAGGAAGAGAUUCAGAGAUGAGGAGCAGUCCAGAAGAAUCAUCUCCCACGUGAAGACAUCACGAAGUCUCCACAUCAUGUGUCACAUCCCAGUCUUCUGUUGGAUCACUGCCACAGUUCUGAAGGACGUGUUGGACACCAGAGAGGCACGUGAGCUGCCAGAGACCCUAACUGAGAUGUACAUCUACUUCCUGGUGGUUCAGUCCAGAGUGAAGAAGGUCAAGUAUGAUGGAGGAGCUGAGACAGAUCCACUGUGGAAUCCAGAGAACAGGCAGAUGAUCGUGUCUCUGGGAAAACUGGCUUUUGAGCAGCUGCAGAAAGGGAACCUGAUCUUCUAUGAAGAGGACCUGACAGAGUGUGGCAUCGAUAUCAGAGCAGCCUCAGUGUACUCAGGAGUCUUCACACAGAUCUUUAAAGAGGAGAGAGGACUCUACCAGGACAAGGUCUUCUGUUUCGUCCAUCUGAGUCUUCAGGAGUUUCUGGCUGCUCUUUAUGUCCAUCUGACCUUCAUCCAGUCUGGAGUCAAUCUGCUGUCCAAACAUCAAGCAACAGUCAUAAAUAUUAAUAUAAUUAAACCUGAUCUAACACGUCUCCAUCAGAGUGCUGUGGACGAGGCCUUACAGAGUCCAAAUGGACACCUGGACUUGUUCCUGCGCUUCCUUCUGGGUCUUUCCCUGCAGACCAAUCAGACUCUCCUACGAGGCCUGAUGACACAGACAGACAGAAUCUCAGAGACCAAUCAGGAGACAGUCGAGUACAUCAAGGAGAAGCUCGACGAGAAUCUGACUGCAGAGAGAAACAUCAAUCUGAUCCACUGUCUGAAUGAACUGAAGGAUCGUUCUCUGCUGGAUCAGAUCCAACAUCUCCUGAACUCUGGAAGUCUCUUUGAAGAUGGUCUAUCUGGUUCUGAUUUAUCAGCUCUGGCCUUCAUCUUACUGUCCUCAGAUCAAAAUCUGGACGUGUUUGACCUGAAGAAAUAUGAACCUUCACAUGAGGCUCUUCUGCUGCUGCUGCCAGUGAUCAAAGAAUCUAAAAAAGUUUUGUUAUCUGAGUGUGAUCUGUCAGAGAGAAGCUGUGAAGUUCUGUCUUCAGUUCUCAGCUCUCAGUCCUCCAGUCUGACAGAACUGGACCUGAGUCAGAACCGGCUGCAGGAUUCAGGAGUGAAGCUGCUGUCUGCUGGACUGGAGAGUCCACACUGUCACCUGGAGACUCUCAGGCUGAGUUUGUGUGAUCUGUCAGAGAGAAGCUGUGAAGUUCUGAGCUCAGUUCUCAGCUCUCAGUCCUCCAGUCUGAGAGAACUGGAUCUGAGUAACAACGAUCUGCAGGAUUCAGGAGUGAAGCUGCUGUCUGCUGGACUGGAGAGUCCACACUGUUACCUGGAGACUCUCAGGCUGUCAGGCUGUCUGAUCACACAUGAAGGCUGUGCUUCUCUGGCCUCAGCUCUGACCUCCAACCCCUCCCAUCUCAGAGAGCUGGACCUGAGCUACAACCAUCCAGGAGACUCAGUCAAGCUGCUGGAUCCACUCCGGACUCUGGACUCUCUCAGGGUGGAUCCUGGUGGAGUCCGAUGGCUGAGACCAGGUCUGAGGAAGUAUUUCUCUGAACUCUCUCUGGAUCCAAACUCAGCGAACAGAAAACUCAAACUGUGCAAAAACAACACAAAGGUGGAACGUGUGAACGAGGAUCAAUCAUAUCCUGAUCAUCCAGACAGAUUUGACCUUUGCCCUCAGGUCCUGUCUUCAAUUGGUUUGACUGGUCGCUGUUACUGGGAGGUGGAGUGGACAGGAGACGUUUAUAUAUCAGUGACUUACAGAAGAAUCAGGAGGAAAGGAAAGAAUGAGGACUGUUGGUUUGGACAUAAUGAUCAGUCCUGGAGUCUGUUCUGCUCUGAGGAUGAUGAGGAUGAUGGUUCUUGUUACUCUGUCUGUCACAAUGACAGACAAACACUCCUUCCUUUCUGCCCUUCCUCUCACAGAGUCUCGGUGUUUGUGGACUGUCCUGCUGGCACUCUGUCCUUCUAUGAAGUCUCCUCUGACUCUCUCAUUCACAUCCACACCUUCUGCUGCACGUUCACUGAACCUCUGUAUGCUGGGUUCAGAUUAUGGUCGGGUUCUGGUUCCUCAGUGUCUCUGUGUGGACUGGAGGAUGGAGAGUCUCCUCCUGUGGACACCAACACUUGAUCAUCCCUGGUUCUCAAGACCAGGCACCUAAGUGGCUCUACUCGAUUCUUUUCUACUCUUCCUUUUUAGAUAUUUAGAUAUACCUUUGUAUACUGGCAUAGUUCCACCUUAGAAUUGGAAUAUAAUAUAUAAGAUAGACCUUACUGAAUUUUCAUGAGUGUUUGGACAGCAAAUGUCCAGCUGGUUUGACUUUGCGGUCUGUGAUUGUAAGCUAACAUGAUUUUUGGCGCCCCCAGCAAUUCACACUCCCAUCCAGUAGAUGGCAGUGUUCUGUCAGGGAUGAGAAUCUUCCACGGAUUCGUGGAUUUCUGACUGCUUCUGGACCAUUUCUGAGAUCCAUUGAGAAAAGUUGGGGUGGAGGUGCAGUGGGGCCAGCUGUGCUUAUUAAACCUUUCCUCACAUGCACGGAACUGCAUUGCUGAAACUGCAAGCUAAACGCAAGAUGUCAUUGGUUACCUUUUCUACAACAAACUUUCAGCCAAUCGGAAUCUCUGUAAAUCUAAAGUCACUGAAAGUACCCGGAAGCGGAUUUUUUGAUUUUCUCCAAGUUUUGCUCUGUCUGCUGCAUCUGUAACGUGGCCAAAAUUAUCGCAUUAAAGGCAUCAAUAGUGACGUAAAAAAACGGGUUGAGGUGGACGUUUGCGGGACAAAGGCAAGACUCUGUGUGAACUCAGCGUCCACAGAGUUCAAUAGCGAAGCAAAGACUGCAGCGAAACGAGACGAGUCAUUGGCUAAAUGCUGGGCUUUGUCCCGCCCAUCGGACGCUCAGCGUGUCUGG